AUGCGGUUUCCGUCUUCGUCCAUCUCUCCGGUAAAAUGGCAGAGGUCGGGGACAUGAACAGAAGAGUUUUUGUCCGUUUUUAGCUCUCAGAAUACGACUGAUCUGUUAUUUGGCCCAAGGUGCAGGGUCCCUUGUGGUAUGAGUUGGACGUAGGCUACGUGAACACAUCAUGAAGAACAGUCUAUUACGGGACAACCUCUGGUCCACUCAUUGCACCGGGGCAAUUUAGUCUAUCUGGCAGAAUGGCAUCCAGGACAAGAACAGUGUUUUUUUGUGCACAACCAGAUACCUUCAUAUGCAUCCAGCAGGUCAAGGCUCUCUGCACAUUUGCUUUUGUUCUACCAGAGCAAAAAUUCAAGAGACUUCUGCAGUCCUCUAUUGAACAAGAAUCAUGCAACAACACCAGGCACUACAACUGGAGAGGAAGAGACAACCAAAACAUUGAUGCUUUGCCACUGUAUAGAAGUAGGACUGCUUAUUAUGAUAUCCUAAAAGUCACCCCUCAUGCCACACAGGCUCAGAUCAAAACAGCCUACUACAAACAGUCCUUUAUAUAUCAUCCUGACAAAAACCCAGAGAGCAUGGAGGCAACGCAGGCUUUCUCAGAGAUCAGCGAGGCCUACACUGUACUGGGAAACAUCAAUCUGAGGAGGAAAUACGAUCGGGGCAUCUUGAGUGAGUCUGAUGUCCGAGGUGCAGGGAAACCUUCCAAAGCCAGCAGCAGCAGCAAGCAAACAGGAUCUACACAGCAGCAGAGGAGCAGGCAAUAUUCCCAACGAGGAGGAAAGGUCUUUUAUGAUUUUGAUGCCUUUUAUAAAGCACACUAUGGAGAACAACUGCAAAGAGAGCAAGAAAUGAGAGCCAGGAAGCAACGCAUACAAGAAUUGCAGGAGAGGAACAGGAAGGAAUGGCAGCAUAGAAAAAUUUUAGAAAUUCUUGCCACUAUGUUGUGUGCAUCAGCUGGGCUCAUCCUCUAUAACAUUAAAAACUCCUGAUAUUAUUUUAUUUAGGUUUAGUUAACUUAAUAUUCUCAGAUUAUUGAACUUUGAUUGGUAUGUGAUCAUUAAUAUGUUCUUGUUAAAAUGUAAU